AUGAGACAAGCCAUGGAAGAUGCUGUCAGUGCGGUGCUGUCCAGUGUGGUGGAGGACGUUGGUCAAGCUGUCCACAGAAACGUCAGCGGAGCUCAGCUUCUGCAUGAACUGCUGAGCGCGCCGUGGCUGCGGGCUCUGCUGAAGAUUUAUGAGCGCCUGCUGCAGUUCCAGAGGGUGACACCUGGCCCCAUUGUGCCUUAUGCUUCUGGACUCUCACAUGAGAUCAUGACUGCAAUACAGAAGAUCCAGCAUCCCUCAGCUGAGGCCCGAGAGCUCCACAGCCUCCUCAGCUCACCACACAUCCAGGCCCUCCUGUCAUCCCACGACAGCGUAGCUCAGGCAGACUACGGGCCUGAUUUACCUCCUCUGCCUGAUGAGGUGCCUGAGGACGAGGAGGCCAUGAGGAUUGUUUGUCUGGUGAAGAACAACCAGCCGCUGGGGGCGACUAUCAGGAGGGACGAGGAGACGGGAGACAUCUACAUCGCCAGGGUGAUUCAUGGAGGCCUGGCUGACCGCAGCGGACUCCUCCACCCUGGGGAUCUGUUAGUGGAGGUGAAUGGGAGCCCUGUGGUGGGUCUGGAUCCAGAACAGGUCAUCCAGAUACUGAUCAAUUCUCAGGGAACAAUCCUGUUCAAAGUGAUUCCAAACGCAGCUCCGAGCGGCAGCAGCAACCUGAAGUCGGUGUACAUGAGGGCGAUGGUGGACUACUGCCCCCUGCAGGACUCCUCCAUCCCCUGUCCCGAUGCAGGGGUGGCGUUCAGCAGAGGAGACCUGCUGGAGGUGGUGGACCAGUCGGACGGACAGUGGUGGCAGGCCAGGAAGCUGCCGUGUGCUGUUUCCUGUGCCGGUCUGAUCCCCUCUGCCAGCAGGCUGAAGAGUAAACAGAGGGAACAGUGGUGGUGUCAGCCAUUACAGGUUCAUACCUGCAUCAGACCCUGGGUCCUGGCUGAUAACGAGGGCGAUCAGAUACAUGCUGAGGACAAACGCUUCGUGACAGGUAAAACACGUCCAACACACUCCUCAUCAUCAUCAUCCAUCAUUUCUCUGGAAGUGACUUCUGUGUUUGUGCUUCCUCCAGAGCCGGAAGAAGUACACUUUGAUGAGGCUGACUCUGAUAUCACUGAUGGGAUCUACCUGGCUGGUUUCCGUCGAAGUUUCCGUCUGUGGAGGAGGACGUCCUACAGGAGGAGACGACAGUCCUGCACCUCCUGCUCUCCCAGCAGCAACAGUCUGUCCACCCCCUACGAGGAGGUGGCUUUGUACCAGCGCCCCCCGCAGGAGAACCACCGCCUCAUCAUCCUCGUCGGCGCUUCAGGAGUCGGAGUUAAUGAACUGAGGAAAAGGCUCAUCAAACUGAACCCUUCGACCUUCCAGGGACCCGUACCUCACACCACUCGUCCAAUCAGAGGAGGGGAGCAGACAGGAAGAGAGUACCACUUUGUCACCAAAGAGCUGUUUGAGUACAUGGUGUGUAACCACAGGUUUGUGGAGUAUGGGGAGCAUAAGGGCCACCUGUUCGGGACCAGCACUGAUGCCAUUGAUGAGGUGCUCAGACGAGGACGCAUGUGCAUCAUCGAUGUUGAACCACAUAGCAUCCAGACCCUGCGGACAGGGAAACUGAAGCCCUACGUGAUCUUCAUCAAAGCCCCCAGUCCAGAGAGGCUGAGACAAACACGGAGAGACGCCCGAAUCAUCACCAACUACACAGUCAACAGACCUUUCACAGAGGACGACUUUGUGGAGCUGGAGGAGGCGUCCCGGCUGAUGGAGGCGAAGUACAAACACUUUUUUGAUCGAGUGCUGGUGAACGACGACCUGCAGGACGCCUGCAUGCAGCUCUGCUCCAUCAUCCAGGAGGCUCAGGACGAACCACAGUGGAUACCCGUCAGCUGGAGCCGCAUGCAGGAGUAAAGGACGAGGGGGAGGAGGGGGAGGAGGGGGAGGACGCUGAGCAGAAGGAACAGAGAGAGGACAGACAAGUCCUGCGUAUGUUCAGCUGUAGUUUACAAAUACACAGCGACUGUGGAGGAAGAGUUUCAGCUCACUGACUGAGUUAAACCAAUCACAGCAGCUUUUAUUUACUGUCGCUGUUGGCAGAACGACAGGCUCAGUAACUAAAACCUAUUUAGCUUAAAUACCAAAUCCAAGGCUUAAAGAACCGGCACUGACAAGCAGCUGAUCAAACCUUUCCUUUGGUCUCAUGCUGACUCAGCGUUUUCUGUUCAGAUCUGCACUUUAAAGUCGCAGUCCUUGGAUUUUCAUGAAAUCAAACCUUGUCUUGAUACGUUUUAUGGUUUGGUUUGUAAGAUGCACCGAAUGUAUUUACAUUCUGUAAGCAGAUGAAUCCAGCUGGUCGAC